AUGGCAGGCUACGAUGGGUUGAGCAUGUCGUCGCAGCCCUCGGUGGAUGUCAUGCGUCUUCCUCAGGGAGCUGGCGACAAUUCCGAGGCAUACAGCCAGGCCUCUGACUUCUCCGGGGAAGCUAUGUUGUACGUUGAUGAUGAUCUCGGUCGAAGCAUGCGGACUUACCUUCGUGGCAGUAACGACCUAAACGUGGACUUGUCGUCCCUUCCCGUCUUCACUCCGAACAACCACUACGACUUCGCGCCAGGCUUCGACGACUCGCUGGCAUAUAACAACGGCGGCUACUUCGACAACCUUCUCGACCCAGGAGCUGCUGUGCCCGAAUUUUCACCCGCGAAUCUCGACAACAAGCUCUUGGGCUUUGGUGCGCCUAUACACAAGACCCAGGUUCUCGACAGCGGAGGACAAACAUGGCCUCGCUUAGCUGCGGAACUGAAUGGCAUGUUCUCUAUUGCAGAGGACGUGUUCGAAGGAGAGACAGGUGGGAGGCCGCUGGAGCUGACAUGCUACCGGCGGAAUCUGUUCCAGAUAUCGGGAGCCAUUAUUCUAUCCCGGACCACGGCGCAGGCACUCGUGGAGCAAGGAGGACAAGUGGCAAUUCAGGACCUUGUCGCGGUGCUGUCCGCCACGGAGUCGAUCGAGGGGAAACCAACAGAAAUUAUAUCAGUGCCAUGGAAGGCGGCGGCUGCAAAUAGCUCUGCAUCGGAAGAUAAGGCCGGGGCAGCACCAGCGAACAUCCCGAUAGACUUGUCGUCAAAUCAGGAAGCCGAUCCCAUAUACGUCAAUAUCCCGAUAGCAUGGCGAAGACUGCAGUUCAAGUACGCUACUGCAAACAAUGGCCGACGGAAGGGCCUACAACAACAUUACCAAAUCCAGAUCACAUUAAUGGCCAAGACAGAAGGUGACGGCCAGCUGAUCAAGAUCGCAGAGAUCCAGUCCAAUCCAAUUGUCGUCAGAGGGCGGAGCCCUAAGAACUUUGACAGCAGCAAAGAUGUGCCUCUCAGCGAGCGAAAACAGUCGGAUCCAAUGAACCGCAUGAGAAGCGCGGGGAGUGUAGCGGCAGCUACCCCACAAUGGAUCGAGCCGGCAUUAUCCCAGGCAUCUAACAAGUACUACUCACAGAAGUCGUAUAUUGUAAGCACGCCCCUCGCGCAAUCUGGAACGCAACCGCCAUUGGAGCAAGUGUCAUCAUGGCCUCAUAUGUCUCCGACUCCGCCUUCCCCAGGUCCUCUCGAGCCUCGUGCGAAAAGACUAGCGUCCGGAUCCCCAGUUGCAGCAAAACGCCGGCCACCUGUUCCGCCCACGGACUGGCAUCAUACGGAGAUUAAAGAGGAGUUCCGCGCUCCCCCUGCACAGAAAGCUCCGAUAGGGCUGUCAGUUUCAGAUGACGAUGUCCAUACUGUAAUUUCAGAUACGUCUGCCUCUCCCCCGACGGAUUCUAUCCCAACAAGACCGUUGGCUGCGAGCCCUCUCGAGAAGCUCGACCAGCUAUACGAAUACUUUCCCCUCAGCUUGGAUGAUUGGAUGCAACCUGUUGAUGCCAUCUAUCGGCCUCAUGUCGUCCACCAUUUGAGAGCGCCAGAAGUCAAAGCUCAGGAAGUGCGGUCCAAACCGAAGCGGUACUUUUCCGCCAUGAACGACUGA